AUGCGAUUAUUAGACAUCAGCCGUAGUACAGAUAUUUCUACGAUUUCACAAUUGUUUACUUUCUUACCAAAUCUAGCUGUUUAUCCCCGCAAAAUUCGUGCCAGAAUGCAACCGCCUAUAACUUGGACACUGGAUCGAUCGCAAGGGAUAGUCUUUGCUGCUCAUUGCCCAGGACGAGCGGCGACACCAACUACGACACAAAACCAAGACCAAAAGAUUAAAAUUGCUGCUAUCGAUCUGAAUCAAACUCUUAUAGUUUCGAAGUCUGGAACACUGCAUGGUAAAGAUGACGCUGACUGGAAGUGGUGGCAUCCAAAUGUCCCAACCAAACUGCGAGUUCUAACAGAAAAGGGCUACACGAUUAUAAUUUCUUCUAAUCAAGGGCGCUUGACUGACCUGGAAGGAAAUGAAGUCCCGGAAGCCCAAAGCUUCAAAAGAAAAAUGGAAUUUGUCUUACGUGCCUUGGACAUCCCCGUCACUUUAAUUGUCGCAUGUGCUAAUGAUAUCAACCGAAAGCCUAGGCCAGGGCUAUGGUCUAUGAUACCAAAGUUAACAGGCAAUAAUGGAUGUUAUAUUGACAAACAAGACUCCUACAUAGUUGGAGACGCAGCGGGUCGUGAAGCUGAUUUUUCAGAUUCGGAUUUACAUUGGGCGAUGAACGCAGAUAUCCCAUUUUAUACGCCUGAAGAGUUCUUCCUCGGACAUAAACAGGAGCCACGAACUCACAAAUUUCAUCCCGAUUGGUAUCUAUAUGGGAAAGAAGACAAGGAGCCAGACGCUGAUAUAACCAACUUACGCCUCUCGCCAAUAGUAGUUUUGAUUGGUCUACCAGGGGCGGGAAAAACUACCUUUUGUCGCAACGUUCUCUACAACCUUGGAUUCACAAGAGUCGAUGCUUGGUCAUACAGUUCUCGGCAGCUAUUUCUAUCAGCGGUUGAAGAUGCUAUUUCUAAUGAUAUUCCGGUUAUAAUAGAUGAUAUGAAUCUCACCGUCGAAGACCGCAGUAUCUGGAUAUCGAUGGCGACAAAGAAUGGUAUGCCAAUCAGCGCAGUCUUCUUCAACACAUCAGAUAAGUUAUGUGGUCAUAAUGAUAGCGUCAGAGCUUUUGGGGGGGAAUUGAUGAAUCCAGAAAACCGUCCUGCUUACCCACGGCUACAAUUUUUCGAGUUAGUGCCUUGCCUUCAAAAACCCAUGUCUAGCGAACGAUUCAACAGUGUUCAUGAGAUAAAUUUCAAGUGGAGAGGCACUGACGAAGAACUUGAAAUAUGGAAGAAAUUUUGGCUAUAG